UCGGGUAAAAACCGAAACAGAGGAAAAGCCAGGGAGCACUGAGACUGUGGAUUUGCCCACACCUAAUAACUGCAACACAGGGCAUCCUUCUCCUCCUGGUGUCUCCCUGGGCAGACGCAGGGAGGAUCCUUGCCCCUAAGGGAAACACGGCUGCUGCGGAAGGAGAGCAGACAAACUACAGAUCCCAGCAUUCCCCAGCAGGCAGCACCUGCGGCAGUCCCUGCAUGCCAGGGGGAGUGAGGAUGUGGAUGGAGGGCGGGGAAGAGAUGAAGGGUGCUGUGGGGCUGCGCUGCACCUGGGACCCACCCCCCGUUGAUGCCCAGGCCAAGUGGGUGAGGCUCAAUGUGGGGGGCACCAUCUUCCUUACCACCAGGCAGACCCUGUGCCGGGAGCGGAAAUCUUUCCUGUGUCGCUUGUGCCAGGGCGAGGAGCUGCAGUCGGACCGGGAUGAGACUGGUGCAUACCUAAUAGACCGGGACCCUACUUACUUUGGACCCAUCCUGAAUUUCCUCCGUCAUGGGAAGCUGGUCCUGGAUAAAGAUAUGGCUGAAGAGGGGGUCCUGGAAGAAGCAGAGUUCUAUAACAUUGGUCCCUUAAUCCGAAUAAUUAAGGAUCGACUGGAGGAGAAGGACUACACAGUGAUGCAGGUGCCUCCUAAACAUGUCUACCGUGUGCUGCAGUGCCAGGAAGAGGAGCUCACUCAAAUGGUUUCCACUAUGUCUGAUGGAUGGCGCUUUGAGCAGCUUGUGAACAUUGGCUCGUGCUACAACUAUGGGAAUGAGGAUCAGACAGAGUUCCUGUGUGUGGUCUCCAAGGAACUGUACAACUCUCCCAGUGGUCUGAGCUCUGAGUCCAGCCACAAAGUCAAGAGCGCAGAGGAGGACGUGGAGGAAGAAGAGCAGGAGAUGGAGGAGGAGGCAGAGGCAGAAGCAGAAGAGAAAGCAGUUACAAGCCAGAGGCCUGAGGAUGUGAUCCUGAAUCUGCACUCCAGCCUUUUAAUUUCUGCUUGAUAUCUUUAUUUUUGUACGGUAGCACAUGGCAGCCCCCUGUGCCGCAGUGACACCCGCAGCCCCCUUCACUCUCACACUCAGCUGUUGACUUUUACAAACUCAUAUCUGCCCAGAGGAGGGCAAAUGCUCCAAGGAGAGCUGCAGGACCUGGAGCCCCAUCCUUUUCCUAGCAGAAUGGCUUUCUUUAAUGUCACAGUGGCCCCUGCUGGGGACAUCAGUGAUCAACCACUGCAGAACUUUGCUUCCUUCCUGAGCAAUGGUGCCCAGAUGUGGCAGCAUUUGCACUAGGACCACUCCUUGUCCAUUCACAGUUGCAGGCAACUGGUCUGGGCUUUUGCCCAGAGGGCAAAUGCAGAGACGCUGUUGUUUUUUGUUUUUUUUUUCUUUCUGGGCCACCUGCAUUGCUGGUGGAAUAUCCCUGUGCUGGGUUUCUCCUUGCUGGUAUCUCACUCCCUGUCCCCCUAAACAUCUCUACAUUGGAUGGGUGAAUGGAGGCAGGUGUGUGCUGCCUGAGUACCUGUUGGGGAUGUGUUGGUACCUGACAGAAGGUCUGGUAGGACAGGAGCAUCCCUGCCUCAGAGAGCCAGGGGUUCACUUCACCACUGUGUCUGAAGAUGCCAGGUUGUAGCUCCUAAAUAAAUCUCAGACUUUCUUCCUC